GGCCUCAAAUUUGCACCCGCCGCGGUCUCGUCCUCGACCCGUCUGCCGCGUCUACUUAAACGCGCCCUUCCCGCUGUUUGUUUAUGAUAUCUCUUCUACUAUCACUAUCUUCUUCCUCUUCUAUAUCCUAUCAGCAAUGAACACCACCGAAGUCACUCCCUCCACAAAGACCGCCGCCGUCCUCUCGGACCUCUCCCUCGAGUCCGCAAAGAAGGACCUCUCUGCCAAGUUCGCUCAAGCAAAGGAGUCCUCUCCCUCCCCCGAUGCCACUCCCAAAGACGACCUAGACUCCUUCGCCAGCGCCCUCAAGGAGCGCAGCGCUCUCAAGGCCCUCGAGGCAAAAGAGCCCCUCCUCGUCGAGAACAAGAACCGCUUCGUUCUCUUCCCCAUCAAGUACCACGAGAUCUGGCAGAUGUACAAAAAAGCCGAGGCCUCCUUCUGGGUCGCCGAGGAAAUCGAUCUCGGCAAGGACAUGCACGACUGGGAGAACCGGUUGAACGACGACGAGCGCUACUUCAUCUCCCACGUCCUCGCCUUCUUCGCCGCCUCCGACGGCAUCGUCAACGAGAACCUCGUCGAGCGCUUCUCCAACGAGGUCCAGAUCCCCGAGGCCCGCUGCUUCUACGGCUUCCAGAUUAUGAUUGAAAACAUCCACUCCGAGACCUACUCCCUGCUCAUCGACACCUACAUCAAGGACCCCGCCGAGCGUGCCUACCUCUUCGGCGCUAUCGAGACCAUCCCUUGCAUCAAGAGGAAGGCCGACUGGGCUCUCCGAUGGAUCGCCGACAAGGACUCUGUCUUCUCCGAGCGCCUCGUCGCUUUCGCCGCCGUCGAGGGUAUCUUCUUCUCCGGCUCCUUCGCCUCCAUCUUCUGGCUCAAGAAGCGUGGUCUCAUGCCCGGCUUGACCUUCUCCAACGAGCUCAUCUCUCGUGACGAGGGCCUCCACACCGACUUUGCCUGCGUUCUCUUUGCCCAUCUCCAGAACCGCCCGUCCAAGAACACGGUCGAGAAGAUCAUCACCGAGGCCGUCAUCAUCGAGCAGGAGUUCCUCACCGAGGCCCUUCCCUGCGCUCUCCUCGGCAUGAACGCCGACCUCAUGAAGCAGUACAUCGAGUUUGUCGCCGACCGUCUCCUUGUCGCUCUCGGCAACAAGAAGGUCUACAACGCCACCAACCCGUUCGACUUUAUGGAGAACAUCUCGCUCGCGGGCAAGACCAACUUCUUUGAGAAGCGUGUCUCUGACUACCAAAAGGCUGGUGUCAUGGCCGGCACCAACAAGACCGAGAAGACCGAUGCUUUUGCUUUCGACGAGGAGUUCUAAGCCCUCUCUGCAGGAGAAAUCAUCUUUGCUUUUUAAUACUUGGGUUUUAUGGACGGGAUAAUAUUGCACUAUUUUAAACUAUAGCGGGUCGGUGUUCUCUGUACUUUUAGUUUCUUUAUAUUUUUUUUCUUGUUUUACUCUAGAGAGAAUCAGAGUUGUAUACUAUUGUUUUUUGCCACUGGUUAUAUGCAUUGUUUUCUCAUCUCAUCUCUAUCAUCUCCACUCAUAUAGCUAAGAGAACAAAUGUGACUGAAUAAGUAGUG